AGCAAAAUCAAAGAUCCGUAUAGCCUUAACAACGCGAGGAACUGAAACCUGCAGACCUUCGCAUGAUUUCUUUAGAGGAAGCUAUAAUCUGGACCCUUGAUAAACUUUCUAAAAUUGUUCCGGAGUUUUCGCAUCUCAAGUUUGUUGUGUUCGAUCGCGAUCGCGUUUUAUAAAAUGUAGUGCGGGAUUUAACAUGCGAACAGAUCUAGUUUGCCGCGAGAAGUCCACGCUCUCUGAUGCUAUAUUGUUCGUGGUUUUUGCGAUUAUUUUUCUCGAAUUUAGAAAUUGUACAUGGGAGGGUGGUUUAGUACGAGGAACGUCUGAAGUGUUGUGGAUAUUUUUGUUGGAUUUGUUCAUCAAAAGUCUAAAAGAAUGACUGACGAGAACAAGAACAAAAACUACGAAGGGGAUGAAGACGACAUAAUCGACAAAGCUAUAGGAAAAUUCGGUAGAUGGCAGUGCCAGCUAACUUUCCUUCUUGCUCUCUUCAACAUCCCCUGCACUUUCCACAUUUUCGUGCCCACUUUCCAUGGCAGGGAGAGGCCAGUGUGGUGUGCAAAACCUUCAGUGUUCAAUAAUAUCUCACUCGACGUGUGGAUCGAGACCACAGAGCAUAAUGGCUACUGCAGAGUCAACGACACAAGGAAUGCUUUUGAAGAUGGCUUCCACCAUCUCAUGAACGUCAGUAAGAACCUGGUGGACUGCAAAAAAUGGGACUUCGGUGGUGCUGGCGAAACUAUUAUAUCCGAGUUCAACCUCAUUUGUGAUCGCAAGACACUUCUCAAUAUGGCGGAGAUGUGUUUCUUAGCUGGUGUAGCAGUAGGAGGUCUCAUCUGUGGAAUCAUAUCUGAUAAAUGUGGAAGAAAAAGAACACUUCUGUGUUCUGUAUGUAUUCAAUCCCUCAUUGGUUGUGCCAUAGCUUUCGUUCCUUAUUUCGAGCUCUACUGCAUUUUGAGGUUACUUCUUGGAUUCAUUUCAGUAUCGGUUGUUUUCAGUGGUUUUGUCUUGUCCAUAGAAUUAGUGGGAGGCCAUUGGAGAACUGUGGCAGGAAUCUGCUAUUUGUUCCCAGUUUCUUUAAGUUACAUGAUGAUAUCUGGUCUUGCUUGGUUCUUGAGGGAUUGGAGGCAACUACAAUUUGCAGUAUCAGCUCCAGGACUGCUGUUUCUCAGCUUCUAUUUCAUCCUACCCGAAUCACCAAGAUGGCUGCUGGCUACAGGAAAAACAGACCAAGUGAUGAAAGUGCUCCAAGCUGCUGCAAAGGUAAACAAGAAAGAUUUGCCACCAAACAUAGACAAGCAACUUUUGGCACCAGAUGGCCAACCUGAAACAGAACCUUUAGGAGUGAUGGAUCUUUUCAAAACCCCCGAAAUGAGAAAAAAGUCUUUCCUUUUGUACAUAAUCUGGUUCAGCGUCUAUUUGGUGUAUUAUGGACUGGUGCUGAAUUUGGAAAAUAUCGGUGGAGACCUCUACGUCAACUCUGUGUUGACUGGUCUGGUAGAAGUCCCUGCUUUGGCUGUCAGCAUACCAAUCCUUAUCAAAGGUGGACGUAGAUGGCCUUUAGCGUUGACCAUGAUUUUCUCUGGCAUCGCCUGCACUUUUAUCGUUCCCUUCAAAAUGUUCCACAACAACCUGCAGUGGGUUGUUACAACAUUCUCCAUGAUGAGCAAAAUGAGUAUAAGUUCUUCCAACGCUAUUAUGCCAGUAUUCACAGCUGAACUGUAUCCUACCACCCUUAGAAAUAUUGGAGUUGGUGCCAGUAACGUGACCGCCGGUAUGGCUCUUAUGUUGGUACCAUAUUUAUUUGAAUUGAAAUCUAUAAAAGAAGCCUUACCUGUUGGAGUUCUGGCAGCCUGCGGCAUAAUUGGCGGAAUAUCGGUUUUGUUUUUGCCUGAAACUGGAAGUAAACCUCUCCAAGACACGCUACCAGAGAAGACCACGGAAUCGAGGAGAGCCUCUAGAAUUUCAAGGUCAAUCAACACUUGAGGAUUAGGUCUUAAGAAUUGAUUGAUUCCUGGACAGUUGAAAUGACAAAGGAAGAUCUGAAGUUACCAACGACAAUAUAAAGUGAUACGUUUAAGUGAAAUAUUAGGUGUACCUAAAGUUUGUGUUUAGUUGAAUGCCUUAGUACUUAUUUAUUUUCUCGUUUUCGAGUGGUAUUGAAUGUGACUUUUAUGUGGCUAUUGCUGAAUAUUCUUCGUCAAGAACAAUCGUCGAAGUUCACUGGAGGAGUUUAGUAUAGUACUUAUUUUUGAUAUGAAAAAUUCCUUUUCUGUCUUGACGUUUUUAAAUACGUAUUCAUAUAUUUCUAUUUUAUUCUUUUUUAUUGUAUGUAAAUAUGAACAGUUUUCUGUAUGUUAUACAGGGUAUCUUCUAAUGUUCAUCUUUGAUGACCAUGUAGAACUUUUUAUUUUCGACUAAAUGUAUGCUCAGAUUUUAAUUAUAAUCCAUGAUAUUUAUUGUAAGCACACUUCAUAUUUCAUGUUCUGUAAUUUGUUGAAAUGGUCAUCUGGAAAUUUUGGGUCUCCCAAAACAGAAUGGAUUCAUUACUUUUUCGAGCAAAUAAUGAACGACGAAUGUAAAAUAUGUGAUGUUGUAGUUUUAUAAGAUUUUAUAUAUUGAUGUUGUUUUAAAAUAUCAUUAAAGAUAAUAACCAAUU